AUGGUCGCGUCAUUGGGAGCUGUUGGCACAACGUUUACCGGUCUUCAUUAUAGAAUGACCCGUACAACUAUGGGUCCUGUGCCAACUGAUGCUGAAGGUAACGUCGUGAAUCCACACGGCCAGCUUACUCGCCGGACUUCCGACAUGCGUGCUGCGGAGGUUACAGGUGGGUUAUUAUUCGAUUUCACGCUGGCUCCCGACUACGAUUUCUCCGCUGCCUUUUCAGGACGUCGUAAUUCGAGCUCCUCCGGUACUAGGGCUCCUGCCCACCCUUCUGACACAAACCAUAACCUCGAUCCGCCGCCACAACGGUUGGCAUUUCCCGACCGGGCCAAGGAACCAAGCAGGAAGACUUCCGGAAAACCCUCGGUCAGACCAUCAGCCGAGCUUCCGCGAUCAUCAGGUUCGCUCAUUGAUACGUACUCACCAACACGUACUUCUCCUAGGCCAUCGUCUUUUCCAGUGCCGUCUGCGAGUUUCCAGCGGUUGACGUUGACCACGCCAAGAUCCCCGGUCGACGAUAUAUCGACUACGUCAUCAUCAUCCAAUUCCCGCCGCCGCGCCGACGCUUUCACGGCGUAUCGAGACGUACCAUCAUCCAGUCGUCACCCGCCACCAUCUCCUCCGGACGACCCUGCAGAGAUCGCAGCUCCUGCGAAGCGACCUCGUCUCGUCGAACGGGCCGAACCUCGUCUACCAAUUCAAGGCAUUCAGCCCCACCCCGCACACUCACCUCGAUGGAACGUCACACCCCCUCGCUACCGCAACGAAGUCUCCCAUCUGCAUCCGUGGGGUUCACACAUCGACCCUCGCCCCAAUUUCACUGGCCUAACGGAGGAAACAGUCACUGCUGAGGCUCCUCUUCAUGUCUAUCGCCAGAUCCCUUCGCAGGGUUACAUGUCCGCACCCUUCCCGAACUCCGCUCGACGCCGCAUGGCCAAGUUAUUCGCGAUGGCCAGUGCGGCCCUAGCCGCUCAAGCUACUAUGGCAGACGACCGUACUACUCACCACGUGAUCGCCACCGUCCCCAGCUUGGCUUCGAUCCCGGUGCAUCUUGAACUGCAGCUCCCUGCCAUGUCUUCCGAAGGUGGAUGGGCACGGUCUCGUCCUGCAGACAUUUGGAUCGUCGAUUCCAAUCUAGUCCUCCGCACCAGGGUUGCUGAUGCCUUCUUCUCAGCUUCGGGUCGAACCGUUAACGUUGAGCUUCUUUCUGAAGCACGGACUCAUAACGCUCUCCGCAAUGCAGUUCGACGUUUCGGCUUCGUUGACGAGGAUACCAAUCGUGCUAGCAUCCCGCUGUGCGUUCGCCUCGGACGCAUCCCUUCAGGCACGGAUCCAACAUUCGAGUUUCUUGCCAGCGACGACCUCGCGGCUUUGUUACGGCCAAGUCGACAGACCAUUGCCCACUCGAUCAUGGAUGCGGAGGAGGCGGAGCCAUACAAAAGGCGACGAGAGGAACGCGAGAGAGAGGAGUCGACCGCGGAACCCUGGAGGAACCCCCGUCGUGAUGCCCGUGUGUUGCCGUCCCUGAGCCUCCGUCAGGCCUCUGCCCACACCUUCUACUGCUGCUCGACACACUACCUUUACUCGGUGCUGAUAGUCACUUUAUGUCACUGUUCUGGAUAA